GUGGCUUCAAAGAUUUUGGCUGGAAGAAAGGUGAAAAUUAUUAGCCAAAAGGAAGCGAAGUGUUACCUGGAGAUUCGAUUUAAUUACGUUAUAUGAAGAGUUGCGUAUAAGUAUUUUAAACAUCUUUCAGCUCCCAAGAGAUUAGGGUUAUUUUUCUGAGAUAUUUUCAACAUACAAUUGAAUACAAAAAAACACAAGAUACAAAAAUAGUAAAACAGAACUCCUGUCCCCAUUAUCCAGAUUAGAAGUAGAUCAUUCCCAUUCUCUGUGCUUUGCACAGUCCUGCCCUUCACCUCCGCCCAGGAGUCAGCAUUAUUCCCAAUGUGCUGAUCCUUUCCCCUCCUCUGUCUCCCAGUGUCACCACGUAUAUGUAUAUUCCCCAAUGAAUGAAUGAACGAAGAUAAUUGUAUCUGUGCUCCCGGUGACAGUGUGUCCCCAGGGCUUCACAGCCUCUGUGACACUCACUCUUGUCCUCCUUUUUCCCAGCAUGCUGACUGAAUGGCAGCUCUCUGUGCUGGUUUUGCUUACAUUCCCGAUUUGUAAUGAGGAUGAAAAUCUUUCCAUCGCAGCGGUGAUGCUGACCAGGACGUCAAGGCUCGUGUCCGGGGCCCGGCGGUUGGACCCUGGACGACUUUUGCACGCGGGGUCCCAGGCCCCCCAAAGCCUUGCCGCUCCCCUGGACAACCAGGCCCCAGAUGAUAGUCCCAGAGCAGUUUCCCGCACCAGUGAGAAGGACCCGGCCAGGCAUGGGGAGCAGCAUGAAGGUCUCCACUACAACAUCCCCCUCCAGGACAUGAGGACCCUGUUCCCCCACAGCCUGCCUCCUCGCUUUUCCAUGCAGGUGAAAACGUUCAGUGAAGCUUGUCUGAUGGUAAGGAAGCCAGCCCUGGAGCUUCUGCAUUACCUGAAAAACACCAAUUUUGCCCACCCUGCUGUGCGGUAUGUUCUCUAUGGGGAGAAAGGGACAGGAAAAACCCUCAGUCUUUGCCAUGUUAUUCAUUUCUGUGCAAAGCAGGACUGGCUGAUCCUGCACGUUCCGGAUGCUCAUCUCUGGGUGAAGAGCUGCCGGAGUCUUCUGCCCUCCACCUACAACAAGCAGCGUUUGGACCAACCUGCAGAAGCUUCCAUCUGGCUGAAGAAUUUCAAAACUACAAAUGAGCGUUUCUUGAGUCAGAUAAAAGUUCAAGAGAAGUAUGUCUGGAAUAAGCGAGAGAGCACGGAGAAAGGCAGCCCUCUGGGAGAGGUGGUGGAACAGGGCAUCAUGCGGGUGAAGAACGCCACGGAUGCAGUCGGGGUUGUUCUCAGAGAGCUCAAGGGUCAGAGUUCUUUGGGCGGGUUUCGCCUCCUGGUGGCAGUGGAUGGAGUCAACGCUCUCUGGGGAAAGACCACACUGAAAAGAGAAGAUAAAUCCUUGGUGGCCCCCGAGGAGCUUGCGCUCGUGCACAACCUGAGGAAAAUGGUGAAAAACGACUGGCAUGGAGGCACCAUCGUGUUGACUUUGAGCCAGACUGGAUCCCUCUUCAAGCCACGGAAGGCCUAUCUGCCUCAGGAGCUGCUGGGAAAGGUCCAAUCUUUAGAAAAUCUGGUUCCCCUUAGUCACUUUGUCAAAAGAGAUCUCUUUUUCUUUUUGGACAUAAUUACAGACUUGGAGAACAACCAUAUUCAUAACGGAGCCGCAGACUGGGGGCCAGUGUCUGCCCAGCGUGGCCGUGUCCGGCUGCGGGGCCCCCGGGCCAGGGCUCUGUUCGGAAGCUGGGGGAGUGUCCCUCCUCUGCCCGUGUUCGGCCUGAGAUCUGGAAUCCAGUUUGAUCUACUUGUUUCCGUUCACGUUCCAUCUACUGGGUCUUUUUCCGCAUCCUUAUCAAGAGGGAUUGAUGCCUUGGAUCCCUUUAUUCCCAUCCUGGUUUCCAACUACGGCCCGAAGGAGUUUGAAAGUUGUAUUCAGUAUUUUGAGAACAGUUGGCUCCAACAUGAGAAAGCUCACACAGAAGAAGGGAAAAAGGAGCUUCUGUUCCUGAACGCAAACCCUGGACAGCUGGAGCGGCUGUGCGCCCACCUUUGAGCCACGGUCACGACGCGCGCGGACGACAGUGGACGUUUCCUUUCACAGACCCCGUCGGGUGGGGGGGCCACACGGUCCACGGACAGAGGCCCCUGUGCCGCAGGCGGCUCCCCGUGAAGUGACCAUGUGGCAGUAAGGUGUGCUCUUGUUCCCGAAACUCGUGAGAGCUUAUCAGGGGUGGUUUUCGUACUGUAAGUGAUUAUGGAUCUGUCCUAAAAAUAAAUGAUCCUUCUUAA